AUGAAGGGAAAAGCACCCCGAAGAAGAUUAUUACCAUUUGCGGUGGGCAAAAUAUUCUUACGGUGGAUUUUUACAAAAGCAGAAUUAUUGUUAUUUAUUUACCGUGUGUUUUGGUAUGCGACUCACAUCCACUCAUCGAUGAAUAGCAGCGUAGAUUUUUUCGAAAGCCUCAUUGACGAGGAUGGACGCUUUGCUGAACCUAACUGCCAAGAACCGGCACAGCAGGCUCAAAGACGAAGAGUCAAUACAGUGCAACGCCCAAGGCCAUUGAUUCAAGCUGAGAAUAUAAACAAUGGCGGUGGUUUAUCGCUUUCGCCCCCACAUACAAUUUCCCAACGUGAGACGGGAACACAAGUUUCUCAAUGCUACAGUGGCCCACCUUCGCCAUGUGGAUCGACGAGUUCUACAUCAUCACCUACAGUAUCCCCUGCGCCUCCCCCGGGAACUUUGACCUUAGAUCCUAACUGGCAAGCUACGAAACCUACUGUCAGGGAAAGGAAUGCAGCUAUGUUCAACAAUCAAUUAAUGGCUGAUAUCACAUUUAUAGUUGGUGGACCUGGACACACACAAGUAAUACCUGCACAUAAAUAUGUUUUGGCGACUGGCAGUUCAGUCUUUUAUGCAAUGUUUUAUGGAGGCUUAGCUGAGUGUAAGCAAGAAAUUGAAGUUCCCGAUGUUGAACCAUCAGCUUUCCUGACCUUACUUAAGUAUUUAUAUUGUGAUGAAAUUCAAUUGGAAGCAGAUACAGUUCUUUCGACAUUGUAUGUUGCAAAGAAAUAUAUAGUUCCACAUCUUGCAAGGGCUUGUGUGAAUUAUUUGGAAACUAGUCUCACAGCAAAAAAUGCUUGUUUGCUGUUAAGUCAAUCUCGUUUGUUUGAAGAACCAGAGCUCAUGCAGAGAUGCUGGGAAGUUAUAGAUGCACAGGCUGAGAUGGCCCUAACUUCCGAAGGUUUUGUUGACAUUGACGUCUCUACUUUAGAAUCAGUAUUGGCUAGAGAGACACUCAAUUGUAAGGAAAUAAAUUUGUUUGAAGCUGCUUUAGCAUGGGCACAUGCUGAGUGUAUGCGGAGAGAAAUAGAUGCUACACCAAAUAACAAAAGAGCCAUGCUAGGCAGUGCCAUAUAUUUGGUUAGAUUUCCAACCAUGACAUUAGAAGAAUUUGCAAACAGUGCAGCACAACUUGGCAUUUUAACACCUAAGGAAACUAUAGAUAUAUUUUUGCAUUUCACUGCUUCAAGCAAGCCACAAUUAUCAUAUCCAGUAAAAGCAAGAGCUGGACUAAAAGCUCAGAUUUGCCAUAGAUUUCAAUCAUGUGCAUACAGAAGUAAUCAAUGGAGAUACAGAGGUAGAUGUGACUCAAUACAAUUUUGUGUUGAUAAAAGAAUAUUUGUUGUUGGUUUUGGUCUAUAUGGAUCAUCAAACGGAGCAGCAGACUAUAAUGUUAAAAUUGAGUUGAAAAGAUUAGGGAGAGUUUUGGCAGAAAAUAAUACUAAAUUCUUCUCAGAUGGCUCGAGUAACACAUUUCAUGUAUAUUUUGAGAAUCCAAUUCAAAUCGAACCUGAAUGUUUUUACACAGCUUCAGCUAUAUUGGAUGGAAGUGAACUAAGUUAUUUUGGACAAGAAGGACUAAGUGAAGUUUAUAUGGGAACUGUAACAUUCCAAUUUCAUUGCUCAUCAGAAAGUACAAAUGGAACAGGAGUGCAGGGUGGUCAAAUCCCUGAGCUUAUCUACUAUGGCCCCACCAUUAAUUCUACAAUGGUCAACACAAAUACAAUUGAGGAC